AUGGGCAGAGACUCUGAUCGCGACGACGGCGAUGAGCGAAACCACCGCAAACGUCCUGCCAACGACGAACCUCAGGAUGACCUACCCCAACCAUACAACGCCAAGUCACUUCAGCCAGCAAAGCGGCGCGCCCUCUCGCCAUCAGAACAGCCUCGAAAGCUGAAGCGCCCCGGUGCGCGCGCGCGUAUCUCAGAGGCCGAGCGUGAAGCCAUUCGACAGCGCCAGCUCGAACGAGAACGCGAGGCCGCUGCUGAGGAAGCCGCCGAAGCCGAACAGGAGAGGAUCCGAAACAACAGUGAUCUUGUGCGACACCACUACAACAACGUGCCAGAGCGUGGUCGCGACUGGAGAACAAGGGACAGCAAGAUCAAGGGACUUCGUGUUUUCAACAACUGGAUCAAGAGCUGCAUCAUCCAGCGUUAUUCACCCGAUGAAGACCACACCCCUGGUUCGCGCGAAACUGGACGCUCCAGCGGCAAGGACUUACUUGUACUGGACAUGGGAUGUGGAAAGGGCGGCGAUCUCAACAAAUGGCAGCAGGCUCCUCAGCCAAUUCAGCUUUAUGUUGGGCUCGAUCCCGCUGAUGUGAGUAUUGAGCAAGCUCGCGACCGCUACCGUACACUGGGCAGCCGUGGCGGGCGAGGCGGGCGAGGCGGACACCGACGACCGCCACCGCGCUUAUUCGACGCUCGUUUCCAUGUUAAAGAUUGCUUCGGCGAUUCCAUUGAGAACCUCGACAUCAUCCAACAAGUCGGCUUCGACCCUUCGCCCAUGAAUCGCCGAGGUUUCGACGUCGUCAGCAUGAUGUUCUCUAUGCACUAUGCUUUCGAGUCGGAAAAGAACGCGCGCAACAUGCUCCGCAAUGUCGCUGGAGCACUCAAGAAAGGAGGACGUUUCAUCGGCUGCAUCCCUAAUUCUGAUGUUCUGGGCGAACGAGUCCGCAAAUUCAACGAGGAGGCCGCUGCCAAGCGUGCAGCUAAGCAAAACGAAGAAAAGGACGGCGAUGGCUCGACAACACCGCAACAAACGGAGCCAGAGGAUGGCGAGCUGGAAGAGGGCGAGGAGGAGCCCACCGCUGAAUGGGGUAACUCGAUUUACCGUGUGCGCUUCCCGGGAAAAACACCUGAUGAUGGUGUCUUUCGACCUGCCUUUGGCUGGAAAUAUAACUUCUUUCUAGACGAAGCUGUGGAGGAGGUGCCUGAGUAUGUCGUACCCUGGGAGGCCUUUCGUGCUCUCGCCGAGGACUACAACCUUGAGUUGCAGUUUCACCGCACUUUUCCUGAAAUCUGGGAGGCGGAGAAGGAUGACCGCGAGCUUGGUCCCCUGAGCGAGCGUAUGGGCGUACGGGAGCGUGGUGGAGGCCCUCUUCUGGUAUCUGAUGAGGAGAUGGAAGCUGCUAGUUUCUACGUCGGGUUCUGCUUCUACAAGGUUUAA